AUGACCUCCGAAAUCAAAGAUGUCGGCGUCUGGGCGCAAACCAAAACCCUCCUCUACAAGAAUUACCUGAUCAAGUGUAGGACGAAGAAGGACACGUUGCAGGAAAUCCUCUAUCCGCUGAUCUGGUCACAGAUAUGGCUGCUCUUGGUGCUGAUAAUGCCGAAUAAGCAUUACGAAGCCUCUCCGAACGACGUGCUCAGCGACCUGGAGAUCAGUCCGCUACCGACCGUCGGCUACACGCCAGCCACCAAUACCACGGAGAACAUCAUGGCCGUGGCGUGGGCGCAGUGUCUUGGAUCAGAUGUCGAUAUCAUGCCCUAUCCCGACGAGGAGAGUUUAAAGGCCGCCAGCUCUUCCUUCCUGCACUUCGUCGGCAUCAAAUUCGAAGACUCCAUGUCGUACCAGCUCAUGUUCUUCCCGUUCUUCAUCCCAAAGCCAACUUUGUACAUACAAGCCUCUCAGGUGAGACAAACGGUCGGUGGCCCUCAAGAGCCCGAACUGAACAUUACUGCCUAUAGCAGUGUGAUCCUGUAUAGCUGUAGUGGGGACAAUAAGAUUCUAAAGACCAAUCACUCGGCCUGGAAGGAGCUGGCCAGGACAAAGGUCAUGAUAAUGGAGAAGCUGCCGAUGGUGGAAGUAGACAGCUACUACCAUGCCCUCAUGUCCAUCUGCCUCGUCAUGGCCUUCUCGCCGUUUGGCUGCUCGCCGGCCGCCUACAUUGUAGCCGAAAAAGAAAAAAAGCUGAAAGAGUUUAUGAAGAUCCUGGGGCUCCACGACACGGCGUUCUGGCUCCCGUGGGUUCUGCUGUACAUCGUUUUCAUUCUGCUGGUCUCUAUACUCAUGGCGUGCAUCACCACCAGCCUGACUCCAUUCAGUCACAGCAGCUGGCUCUUGGUCUUUCUGCUCUACGCCCUCUAUGGGAUAUCUCUGAUAAUGUUUGCAUUGAUGUUGACGCCACUUUUCAAAAAAGCCAAACAAGCCGGUGGCAUUGCUUUCCUGUCCACGCUCAUCCUCAGCGCUUUGGGUAUUUUCAUUGUGCUGAAAGACGAUUUCCCAAAGUCCUUUGUGUGGUUUUUUAGUCCGUUCUGUCAGUGCACGUUCAUGAUCGGCAUAGCUCAGGUCAUGAUCCUCGAGCAGAAUGGAAAUGGCGCUCAGCUCUUUAAUCUGAAGGAUGGCCCCUACCCGCUUAUCAUCACCUUUAUUUUCCUGGUGGUGGACAGUGUGAUGUACCUGCUCCUGGCGUCGUACCUCGACCAGAUUCUCCCGGGAGAGUACGGUUUGAGACGGUCACCUCUGUUCUUCCUGAAGCCGUCUUACUGGUCGAAGAGGAGGAGAAAUUAUGGGGUGCUCAGUGAGAGCUUCUUCGGCACCAACACAGAUCUGAGCGACCUGGUGGAGCCCGUACCUCUAGGCCUGCAUGGGAAGGAGGCCAUCAGAAUUAAAAAUAUCCAUAAGUCUUUCAAGAAGCAGAAUCGGCAGGUGGAAGCAUUACAAGGGCUCACCUUGGACAUAUAUGAAGGACAGAUAACCGCUUUGCUUGGGCACAGUGGCACCGGCAAAACAACUCUGAUGAAUAUUUUAUGCGGCCUCUGCCCGCCAUCUGAAGGAUCGCUAACUAUCUAUGGACACAGAGUGACCGACAUCGAUGAGAUUCUGGACAUCAGGAAGGUGAUCGGAGUCUGCCAGCAAAGCGACAUUCACUUCGAGGACCUCACUGUAGAAGAGAACCUGUCCGUCUUUGCCUCUCUGAAGGGGAUCAGCAAGCCAGCCAAAGAGCAGGAGAUCAAUAAGAUUCUUCAUGAUCUGGACAUGGAGGCCGUGAAGCACAACCAGGUGAAGAGCCUCAACAUGGGGCAGCAGAGGAAGCUGGCGGUGGGCAUCGCGGUUCUGGGCAACCCCAAGGUGCUGCUUUUGGAUGAGCCCACGGCGGGUAUGGAUUCCUGCUCCCGGUACACCGUCUGGAAUGUGCUGAAGAAGAGGAAGGCAAACAAUGUGAUCGUGUUCAGCACACACUGUAUGGAAGAAGCCGACAUCCUGGCCGACAGAAAAGCCGUCCUCUCCCAGGGGACACUGAAAUGUGUUGGAUCCUCUCUGUUCCUUAAGAGCAAAUGGGGUGUUGGCUACCGCUUAAGUAUGGAUAUAAAGCCCUCGUGUAACAUGGCGUCUGUCUCUGCGCUGGUCUCACAACACGUUCCAGGGGCCACCAUUAUACUGGCCACCGGCAGUUCCCUCAUCUACGGCUUACCAUUGAAGGACGUGGACAUAUUCCCAGGAUUGUUUUGUGCCCUGGACAACGACUGCAGCUUAGGUGUCCUGACCUACGGCGUGUCAGUCACCACGUUGGAGGACGUCUUCGUCAGACUAGAAACGGAAUCCGAUGUGGACCAGACAGAUGACAAUAUUUUCACUCAUCAGAAGAUGGACGAUGACAGCAAGUGGAAAUCCACCGAGGACAUCGACCAGGGCUUACUGUCCCUUCCCGAGUCCGAUCCCUGCACCGUGAGUGGCCGCGCUCUGUGGAAGCAGCAAGUCCGGACCGUAGCCAAGUUACAUUUCCGUAACUUAUACCGAGACCGCAAAUGUGUUCGAAACGUGUCUCUGUCUUUAUUCCUCUUCCUGGCUGUCCAGGCCGCAGUAAACAUCAUUCACUGGUACAACCACAAGCCAUCCGUCCCCAUUAGACUGUCUUCAGAGCUGUACUUCCUGCGCCCAGGACAGAAGAUCCAGAAGGACGUCACCAGCCUUCUUCUCCAGAGCUCCACAGGUGCCAGUAUUGAUGAGAUAAUUGAUCACCUUCACAGUCAAAGGAUACAAGUGGAUCUGAUGAACGGGACCGACUACAUGUCCGUCGCCCCGCACAGUGGGGCUUUGGAUGUCAUUAGUUCAGGAAAGUAUUUUAUCUAUGAAGCUGUGUUCAACAGUACCAUGGUGCACUCCCUGCCUGUCCUCAUCAACAUCAUCAGCAACACUCUGCUGAGACAGCUGCAUGUCAAUGAGAGCAUCCAAGUGUGGAGCAGCCCUUUCCCCCAGGAAUACUUGGAUGUAUCAUUUAAGAUCACUCUGUAUUUCCUGGUCAUAUAUCUGGGAAUUUUAGCUGCUGGGAUGUUGCCUUAUUUUGCCAUGGAGAACAUCUACAACCAUAAGGUGAAGGCCUACACCCAACUAAAGAUGUCCGGCCUCUACCAGUCUGCUUAUUGGGUUGGACAAGCUGUGGUGGACAUGCCUUUGUUUCUUCUGAUCCUCUUCAUCAUGCUGGCAACUUUGUUCAUCUUUAAUAAGGGAAUUUCCCUUUAUGCUGGAACAUUCGUCACCUUGAUCUUCUGCCUGAUCGGCUACGUGCCAGCGACGGUGCUGCUAACCUACGUGGCUACCUUUUCCUACAGACGCAUCAGCGACACCCGGCAGUGGUGGUCAAUUUUCUUUUCUAUGAUGUGUUUGAUCACCAUCACUGCUGUGGAGCUCGCCUCUGUCAUCGGGAACGAUAUGAUAUUUACUGUUUGCCACGACCUGUUCUCCUUAUUCAUCCCCAUCUACCCCCUGAUUGGUUGUUUGAUCUGUUUAAAGUCCUGGAAAGUUUCAGGGGAUGAGAACAGCUACACACAGCUGGGCCGGGUGCUGGUGGCAGUUUUAUCGCCGUACGUACAAUGCGUUGUCCUGCUGCUGCUCCUGCGCCACCUAGAGGUCAAGAAUGGGGGGAAAUCCAUCAGAAAAGAUCCUCUUUUCAGGACGAAGGAGAAGAAAGGCAAAGCGUGGAAAUUCACCGAGGUCCCGGAGGAUGAAGAUGAAGACGUCCGGGCAGAAAGAGCGCGGGUUGGCGAGUACAUGGCCGCUGACUGUUAUGAGAAGCCUGCCAUCAUGGUGAGCGGGUUACACAAAGAAUACAAUGAAAAGGGAAAGACCAUUGUGGGGAAGACGAUGAGGAAGGUCGUGGUCAAUAACAUAUCGUUCUGUGUGAGGAAAGGGGAGAUCCUCGGACUGGUGGGGCCGAACGCAUGUGGAAAAAGUACGAUAUUGGACAUGAUGGUGGGACAGACGGACCCCAAUGCCGGACAGCUCUUUAUUGGAGAGCCGGGCCCUGCAGGGGGAGGUGCGGCCCCCAUGCGGUUUGUGGGAUAUACCCCUCAAAUAAACCAUCUGUGGCCAGAGAUCCGAUUGCAGGAGCACCUGGAGACCUACGGAUCCAUCAAAGGCAUCAGCAGGAACAGCCUGAAGGAAGUGGUGGACAA